AUGUCUCUUCCUGCUCGCACCCCUUCCCCCGUUAAUCGAAACGCUGAAUUUUCUGCCCUGCCACCUGUCACCGUCACGGCUCCCAACGUCGGCACUAAUUGGCAGACAAAUGGAAACGGCUUCGCCUUUGGCAGUAUCGAACCACGCCAUUCAUUGGAUGGAAAUAUGUAUAAUAGCUGGAAUAGUGGCGUUCUUCGUCCCUACGGUCACGCAAUCCCUGGCAGUCAAGCGCCCGCGGGGUUCUCCGAUCAUGUGCAACCGGGAAGGCUUCAUGGUGGUCCUCCUGGCCUGUAUCGUGCAGGGAUGCCUAUGCAAGCUGGCCUUACCCUCGCUUAUUACGGAGGAAGCGCCAUAGAUGCGGGCAACUCAGGCGUUGCUCAACAGCGCAGCAGUGUUCUUUCCCAGGAGCAUCAUACCGUCGCAUCAAAAGGACCUGUCGAGAACUCCAAUAACGACACUGAUACUCGCCCAGCUCAGGAACAAUCUCAACAUCAAAAGACCGUGGGCAACCCUGACCAGAAGAAACGAGGCAAAAGUCGUGUCAAGGUGGAACCUACAGGAGAGGUCAUCGACAUAACGUCCAGCGAAUGCGAAGACGAUGGCGCGGUCGCCAAGGAACGAGACAGCGCAGACGGGCCUAACAACGCCGUCGUGAAUGAGGCCUCCAAUAACGAUGCAUCUAGAGAACAGGACGGAGCUUCUGUGACACGUUCAGCGGCUAAGGCUUCUAACAGGAAAAGGGGGAAACGUGUUAAAUCAUCGCCCGUUGUCCUUUCCUCUGAAUCAUCAGAUAGCGAUGCGGGUGCCGGGAUGUCAGGGCCACCUUUCACUCAGAAGCGACCAGAUAGUUCGUUGCAACCGUCUCCUCUGAAGAAGAGUCCUUCGUCCACCAAGCGCUCGAGGUCUGCUGGUCCUGUCGGUGCUACUGGAAAUGGGGAAGAUGACCCACCCAGGAAGAGGACACAGACCGAAAACAACUCGGAUAUGGAGGUGGGGGGGAUGAGCGAGCCGGAGUGGGCUUCUUUCCUUGGGGGCAUUGUCAGAAGGCAAAAGCAAGCCGGGAUGUCAACAAAGGACAUUAAGAGAAGACUGAACGGAUUCGUUUCUUCCACAAAGAGGUGGCGUUCCACUUUUCUCGACAUUGAAGCCGUGGAAGACAAUGAUAGUGCUUCUGACAGCUCCAUGGAAGUCGACAAGUACGAUACCGACGACUCUUUUAUCGACGAUUCCGAGGUUGUCGCCUCAACCUCAACUUCGCGCAAGCCUCGCGGUCGGGGUAAAGAUCAGAAACGGCGUUCGCACAUCGUCCACAAGGCUGAUAUCCCUGAUACAAUCGGUGCUGAAGGGACAAUUCAAAGAGACGACAACACCUUUAACCCUUCAGAGGAUGUAGAGUUGCCAACGCCGGGAUUGGAGCUGGAAGAUUUCGCUCGCCAGCAUCGCGAGUUUGUCGCCCAACAAAUCGAAGACGACCGUUACAUGGCAGAAGCCAUCGACCGAAACCAUGCCAUGAUGAGCGCUCGUAGUCCGGCCCCAACUACCGCUAAUUCGAGAACGACUAUUGCACGCGAUGAUGCUGAGUCAGAGUCCAGUGGUGACGAGUAUGGCGUCAAAUACUUUCGAGCCCAGCUACAAGAGGCCAUUCGUCGUAGCCGGGCAGCCCACGAACGGAGACUGGAAGCGCAAGGAGUUUGGCCUCCAACCAUGGCGGCUGUACCAUCUGUACAAGAAUUGUUGCGGAUGUAUCCCUCACCGUCCACGCCCGGGCCAAGGGGUCCACCUUCUUCGUCUCCCUCCUCUUCGACACCUUCCGCAGCAGUUGCAUCUCCAGCAACCCAUCAAACUCCUUUGCGCACUCCUGUACAGACAGCCCCUCCCGCAACACCGCCAAAAAUGGCCCCUCCUCGAACGCCCGGAUCUGUAUCUGACACCCCGAGGUGCCGGCGGGAUUUGGUUUUACCUGAGCAUUGCGAGGUCACAGAUCCCAACCUUCAAGAUCCUAUGCUGAAAGGAGACUACGAAAGCUUGCCGAAGCUGAAGGCUGGUCUUUUCGUGCCGUGGAGCAAUAUAGCGGGCCCUGGACAGGCGAGAUUCAGCGCAUGGGCUGAACACUGUCCCAAUAUGGACUUAAGCCUUGCUCUACGAGCGAUUCGAUUCACGUCAUCCUGUCAGGGCUCGUGCACUUAG